AUGCGCGAUGACUCACUGGCCAAGAUCUCACCACCGCUGAAGCUCGGAGAUCUGCCGGAUCCGCUUCCAUCAAACGUCUGCGCAGUUCGACAUGUAGUACUUGAACCGGAGGAGAUUGAGAUUACAUCUCUUGACGCGGAAGAGAUCUUGGCAGCAAUCAGGUCCAAGAAAUACUCAUGCGUCACUGUCACCAAAGCGUUCCUCCGUGCCGCGGCACUGGCUCAAGUUCUGACGAAUUGCAUCACAGAGUUGCUUCCUGAAAUGGCUUUAGAGCGAGCAGCCCUUCUUGACGCUCUGCCAGAGCCACUUGGCCCGCUUCAUGGCUUGCCCAUCUCUGUCAAAGAACACCACGGCAUGUUUGGGCGAAUGAAAACGUGUGGGAUGGUUGCCUACAUUGAUGCACAGACUGUAAUAAGUGGUGUCAAUGAUGUUCUCUGGGCCAGUGGAGCUGUGUUCUACGCACGAACUACAAUGCCACAGACCGGUAUGCACCUAGAGACGUCCUCCAACAUCUACGGAACGACGCUCAAUCCCCGCAAUGUUUCGUUGACUCCGGGCGGUAGCUCGGGUGGCGAGGCCGCUCUUGUAGCGUUCCGAGGAAGCGUCUUGGGUGUUGGAGGAGAUAGUGGCGGAUCGAUUCGAGCUCCAGCUGGAUGCACAGGCAUAUAUGGGUUCAAGCCUUCCACGGGUCGGCUCAGUCGCCGUGGCGCAAGAGCUGUUCCUGGUGGCGACGGAAUUGUUGGAGCUCAUGGACCAAUGUGUACCUCUCGCUCUGCGUUGUCCCUGUUCAUGAGCACAUACUGCAAUGCCGAGCCGUGGCAGCAAGAUCCCUCACUCGUUCCGUUGCCCUGGAGGGAAGUCAAGCUUCCCAGAAAACUCAAAAUUGGAGUCAUGUGGAACGACGGAAUUGUCACGCCUCAUCCUCCCGUUCGUCGAGCUCUCGAAGAAGUGACCAGCGCCCUUCGUGCGCAUGGAGACCAAUUCGAAGUGGUUCAGUGGAUCCCUCUUAACCACUCAAGGGCCUACGAGAUCUGCAUGGGCUUGUACUUUGAAGACGGAGGGAAAGCCAUUAAAAGAGUCCUCGAAGAUGGCGGUGAAGAGCCUCGUCCUUUGACGCAGUGGAUCUUCGACAAUGAGCUUGUUAAAGACCGGACGAAGGAGGAAGUGUGGACAUUGAAAGCCGAGAGGAAUGAAUAUCGCCAGCAGUACAAUGAUCACUGGCUGGCAACUGCUGCCCCUGAUGGCCAUGCCGUCGACGCAAUCCUCAGUCCCGUGAGCCCAAGUGCCGCGCCCCCCCACGGCACGAGCACAUACUGGCUAUACACAAGCCAGUGGAAUCUGCUGGAAUACCCUGCUGUUUGUUUCCCCGUCACCACCGUCGAUCCUGCGAAGGAUGUCAAAGACUGCGGGUAUGUGCCGAAGAACCCUCGCGACAAGUACCAGCAUGACCACUACAACCCAAAGACCUACGUGGACGCUCCAAUUGGUCUUCAGAUAAUCACUCGAAAGUUUGAGGACGAAAAGUGUUUGGCAAUCUUGGAGGCGAUCGAGAAGGCAAUGGGGAGAGAGUAA